UGUUAGUUAUAUAUAAAUCGAAGAAUAUAUAAUUUUUAAUUUGUAUUUUAAAAAUAAAUAUAAAUUGAAAAGAGAGAAAAUGAGUAAAUGAAUGAAUGAGAACCUCGCCUUCUUUGUUAUCCCUAACUAUAGAUUCAGCUGUUCUUAAUCUUUCCAACAUCGCCGAUCUCUCCACUCUUCCCGAUCAUAUCGUCAUCGAUCUCUUCCUGGGAACAUUGAGAGCUGGAAAGUUAAACGAGAGAGUUCUCAAGUUGUUUAUAGCUACAGGCAAGGACAACGUGUUUUCUGUCAUCCAGGCACUCAACAUUCAAGUCACUGUUACCCCUGUUCUUCCUACCACUAUUAAGGAUGAUGAGAUUGACAUUGUAAUAGGAGCAAUCCGUUCGGAUCUGACAUCAUUCAUGAAUGAAUGGAGACCAAUGUUCUCUCGAUUUCAUAUCAUAAUUGUCAAAGACCCUGAUUUGAAAGAGGAACUCAAAAUACCGGAAGGCUUUAACCUUGACGUCUAUGAAAAGCCUGACAUAGAUCGUGUGGUAGGUUCUUCUACUUCGGGUCUCUUCUCUGGCUAUGCGUGCAGGUAUUUUGGAUAUCUUGUUUCUCGGAAAAAGUACAUAAUCUCUGUAGACGAUGAUUGUCUCCCAGCCCAGGACCCCAAAGGCUUUUUGGUGGAUGCUGUUGCCCAGCAUAUUACCAACCUUACAACCCCGGCCACACCAUUCUUUUUCAAUACUCUGUAUGACCCUUUCACUGAAGGAGCCGAUUUUGUUCGUGGUUACCCAUUCAGUCUUCGGAGUGGGGUGAAAUGUGCUUUUUCAUCUGGACUAUGGCUUAAUCUGGUUGAUCAUGAUGCACCUAGUCAAGCCCUCAAAGCAAGGCAAAGGAAUUCCCGAUAUGUUGAUGCAGUUAUGACUGUCCCAGCCGGGUCCCUGGUUCCCAUUAGUGGAAUCAAUAUCGCUUUUGAUCGGGAGGUUGUAGGACCUGCCUUAGUUCCGGCUUUGAAGUUGGCUGGGGAAGGUAAGUUUAGGUGGGAAACAAUGGAAGAUAUCUGGAGUGGGUUGUGUGUUAAGGUUGCAUGUGAUCACCUGGGGCUUGGUGUGAAAACCGGACUGCCGUAUGUGCGGAGAAUCGAUAGAGGUGAUCCUAUAGUAAGCUUGAAGAAAGAGUGGGAGGGUGUGAAGCUGACGGAGGAAGUUGUCCCGUUCUUUCAGUCGGUAAGGUUGUCAAGAGAAGCUACAACGGUGGCGGACUGUGUAGUUGAGGUGGCAAAUGCUGCUAAAGAGCGGCUAGGUUCGACAGACCCUGUGUUUGCCCGUGCUGCUAAAGCAAUGCUGGACUGGGUUAAUCUCUGGAAAUUGGUUGGAUCAAUCUCAUCGCAGUCCCCGGCUGUUUAGGAAGUACUUAUCAUGAUGUCAGUGUUUUAACAUAUAUCUACCUCAUUAUUGUUGCAGACAUGGCGGCUUUUGCUUGGUCUUAGUUAUGGCUCUAGAGACGCUGUAAGAAGUAGUUCAAACGUUGUUGAAAUAAUUGGAUCGAUCUGGUCAGUCGACGUUUAACCAAGAACCGGCAGCAUGUUUGGUUGGUUGAACCAGAAAAUGAAGACUUGUUUUGGGUUAUGUUGGUUUGGUCUGAUUUUCUUGACAUUUGGUAACUUAAAACAACUCUUUAUAUAAUCUUUGCUGAUUGAUGAAACUUGAAACAUGAGUUAUAUCUUGAGUGAGUUAUUUUAUUGCUAAUAA